ACACAUGCGCGAAGGUAUUUGAACACAAGAGAAACAUGUUUAAACGUGUAUGCAUAUUGUCGGUAAUCUCCAAGCGCACAUCGUUUACUUUGCGCUUCUAUCAUGUCCACUCCCUGUGCCCCAUUCAAACGUUUCUGCUGUUCUUUUUUUUUUUUUCAACGUUGUCGACAAACCAACUCGCCCAGCUUCCCUCCUUGCGUUCCCAACGUGUUCAAGCCGCGGUUUCGCACGCCCGCCUCCGGUUCUCGCAGAGUACUACGACGUGCUGCUCUUCCCGGUUCAGAACCAGCUGGUGGCAGUCGUCGUGGGAUGCGCUCUUGGCGCGGCCACCAUGAGCGUGCUGAAGAUGAUGACCUACGGCGACGACUCGGUCGUCGUGGUGGUGAUGGGCGGCACCUACCUCACUUUCUUCCUGCUCGAGUCGGUCAACAGCUCGGGCGUCACCGGCGUCAUCGCGUACACCAUGGUGGUCUCGUCGGAUCGACUCAUCUCCUGUUCGGAGCUUGAAGGCACGCUCGGGUCGUGCUGGUCGGUGAUGUUGGACUGGACCGGAACGCUGUCCACCUUCAUCUGCGCCACGUUCACGGCCUACAUGCUUGUCUACUACCUACGCACGUACAACUGGCAGGACAUAAUGCUUUGCUACAUCGCCAAGAUGAGCAUGCGGUGCCUCGCGGUGUUGAUGAUAUACCCGUUCAUCGGCCACUUCGGCUACCGCAUCACGGCCAAGCAGGCGAUCGUGCUGGCCGGCAUGGGCCUCAAGGGCACCUACAUCGUCUCCCUCGCCACGCUCUACCACAUCACGUACCAGGACAUCCACGACGAAGACCUAAGUUCAUAA